GGGGCAUCAAACACAGUUGUCAUUCGAAAUCGCCCCUCUCCCACUUGGCAUCGAUGCGAUACUACCGAACUGGUGGUUGAAAGAACACAAACCGGUUAUAGGGGCAAAUGGGGAAGUUUCCUACGAUGGUGAGAACUGCAAGAGUCGAUGCUUCACUGACAAGGAACCUCAAAUAGAAAUGGACGAGGGUGUAUUGGACGAUCCGGAGGCCCAAUUCAUCGGUAGCAUUUGCCUUUUGGAAGAUGAAUCGGUCAACCUCCGCGAAACUCUUCCCUCUUGGCUCCAUGGGUUCCUUAAAGUCUUCCUACCAUCGGAAGCCGAUAAAUUACCACCGCAUCGAUCUUACGACCAUGCGAUAGAUCUUGAACCAGGAAAGCAGCCACCAUGGGGACCCGUUUACUCCCUAUCCGAAGUCGAGCUGAAGGUGCUUCGGGAGUACCUGGACAAAAUGUUGCGAUUGGGAAAGAUUAGGCCGAGCAAAUCCCCGGCAGGAGCCCCAAUCCUAUUUGUGAAGAAGAAGGACGGUAGUCUCCGACUUUGCGUUGACUACCGUGGACUUAACCGUGUGUCCAUCAAGACUAGGUAUCCUCUACCGCUUAUGGACGAGCUGCGAGACCGAGUGGCAGGCGCGGUUAUCUUCUCGAAGAUUGACCUGAAGGAAGGUUAUAACCUCAUCAGGAUCAAAGACGGCGACGAGUGGAAGACAGCCUUCCGUACGCGGUAUGGGCAUUUUGAGUACCUCGUCAUGCCUUUUGGGCUGGCAAAUGCGCCGGCGACCUUCCAGAACAUGAUGAAUGAUGCGCUGAGGGAAUUCUUGGAUCAAGGUGUAGUAGUAUACCUUGAUGAUAUCCUGAUAUAUAGCAAGUCUCGAGAGGAGCACAGAGAGCUGGUCGGCAAAGUACUUAGUAGGUUACAAGAAUACAACCUAGUCGCCAACCCGAAGAAAUCGUUCUUCGAACUCACCGAAAUCGAGUUCCUCGGAUACAUCCUUGCCCCAGCAGGCGUCACCAUGGCACUGUUACGGGCAUGCCAAGCAUUUACGGGAGUGAGAGAAAAGGCCAGUAGAUACCCCAAUACCCUCUGCACGCUAAUGUCAACUCUGGACCGCACCCGUGGGGUGUGGUGCGACCAAUAUACGACCAAAACACGGAGUCAUAAAAAACACGUUUUCGACCCCAAUAAUAACCCCCUGAGCGUCAAACCGCCGGAGGGGAGUGCUUUGGUACCGGUGGAUAUAUGA